AUGCACGCGUCAUUUUUAUUCCUAUUGGUUUCGACUAUGGGCACAAGCUAUGCUACCUCUUCGGAAUCAGUCCGUCGUAGCGUCACCGCGUUAUCCGCUGCUGAACUUGCCUCGUUCGCGCCGUACACGCAGUUCGCAAGAGCGGCAUAUUGCGGUUCAGACGCCUUGAAAGACUGGAGUUGUGGGGAGGCUUGUGAUGCCGUGUCCGACUUCGAACCUACACUUGUCGGUGGUGAUGGAGAUGAUGUCCAGUAUUUUUUCGUUGGGUACUGGCCAUCCGAGGACGCCAUAGUUGUAGGACAUGAAGGCACUGACCCAACCCAGUUUGAAUCUGUUUUGACAGACAUCGACGCACUCCAGGACAACCUCGACACGGAUCUUUUCCCCGGUGUCUCCAGUGAUGUUUAUGUACAUGGCGGUUUCAGAGAUGCACAGGCUUCGACAGCUAGUGAAAUUCUCGCUGAAGUUCAGUCACUCAUCGAAUCCAAGGGAACCGACAAUUUAGUCGUCGUUGGACAUUCACUUGGGGGGGCUCUGGCCGAGCUUGACGGCCUUUUCUUCGCUCUAAAUAUACCUUCUGCAUCCAUCAAUGUAGUGACUUACGGGACACCUCGUGUCGGGAAUUUGGCCUUUGCGGAGCUCAUCGAUUCUGAAACACCAAACUUCAAGCGGAUUAAUAACAAGCAUGAUCUUAUCCCUAUAUUGCCUGGCAGAGGCCUCGGGUAUGUUCACCCUGAAACCGAGAUUCAUAUCCUCGAACCAGGCUCCGCCGUUGCUUGUCCGGGUAACGACGACGCCACUGACUCAGAGUGCCAGAUUGAAACGGUUCCAAAUAUUCUUGAAGGAAACAUAGUGGAUCAUCUUGGCCCUUACGAGGGCAUAUACAUUGGCACGAUAUUUUGUUAUUAA